CAUGCAGCCCACAGAGAGGAAAAUGGAAAAGUCAUUGUGCACGUUGGCAGCAGUUAUUUUUCUGGGAGGGUUUUUAGAAGCAGUGCUGACAGAUUAUACAACAACUGAGGUUAAUUUAUCGUUAAACAACACAAGUACAGCUGCGUCUGUCACUGUGCAGCUGCAGAAUCAUAGCACAGCCACAACGACUCCAAUAGCAGCACAGAAGUUUCACACCACCACUGUCACAAAAACAACGCUGCACAGAAAAAACAUCAGCCGGGAAAGUGAAGAGGAAAACAACAAAGAAAAGGAAGAUGCUAGCAAGACAGAAGAGAAGAAAACACAACUGGACUGCCCUCCUCUUGGCCUGGAGUCACUGCGGGUCGAUGACAGCCAGAUCCGGGCUUCUUCCUCCCAGAGGUCGGGUCUGGGUCCUCACAGGGGGAGGCUUAACAUCCAGUCUGGCAUCGCGGACGGAGACCAGUAUGAUGGAGCCUGGUGUGCAGAGUAUAAGGACAAGCAUCAGUGGCUGGAGGUCGACGCCAUCUACCUCACGCUGUUCACCGGAGUUGUCCUGCAGGGAAGAAACUCCAUAUGGAGUUGGGACUGGGUGCACACCUACAAAGUACAGCUGAGUAAUGACUCAGUGACCUGGAAAACCUGCAUGAACGGGACUGCGGAGGCGAUAUUUGAAGGGAAUCAGAACCCAGAGACGCCGGUUCUCGGUCUGCUUCCUGUUCCCACGGUGGCCCGUUUUAUCCGCAUCAACCCUCAGACCUGGUACAUCAACGGCACCGUCUGCCUGCGGGCGGAGAUCCUCGGCUGCCGGGUGGAUGAUCCAGAUGACAUCUACUCAUCGGAGCAGGAUUUAGGAUCAAAUGACCCUCUAGACUUCAGACAUCACAACUACAAAGAGAUGAGGAAGCUCAUGAAGUCUGUGACGGAGGAGUGCCCGAACAUCACACGGGUCUACACCAUCGGGAAGAGCUACUCUGGCCUCAAACUGUACGUCAUGGAGAUCUCAGACAACCCUGGGAAACAUGAACUAGGCGAGCCAGAGUUUCGCUACGUGGCUGGGAUGCACGGGAAUGAGGCUCUGGGCCGAGAGAUCGUCCUCAACCUCAUGCAGUAUAUGUGCAAAGAAUACAAGAAGGGCAACCAGCGCAUUGUCCGGCUGGUGACCGACACUCGGAUCCACCUGCUCCCCUCUAUGAACCCUGAUGGAUACGAGGAAGCUUAUAAGAAGGGCUCUGAGCUGGCAGGAUGGGCUGAGGGACGAUACAGUUUUGAAGGAAUCGACUUGAAUUCUAACUUUCCGGACCUGAACAACAUCAUGUGGGACGCCGAGGAGACGGCCACAGAUAAAUCUAAAGUCUCCAACCACUACAUCCCAAUCCCAGAGUACUACACCCAGGAAGACGCUAUGGUUUCACCAGAGACACGCGCGGUCAUCAGCUGGAUGCAGGAUAUUCCCUUUGUGCUCAGUGCGAACCUUCAUGGGGGGGAGCUGGUGGUCACGUAUCCCUUUGACUGCACUCGGGACUGGGCCCCCCAGGAGGACACCCCCACGGCGGACAAUGCCUUCUUCCGCUGGCUGGCCACCGUGUACGCCUCCACUAACCUGGUGAUGUCCAACCCCAACCGCCGGCUCUGCCACUACGAGGACUUUCAGGCGCACAACAACAUCAUCAACGGGGGGGCCUGGCACACCGUCCCCGGGAGUAUGAAUGACUUCAGUUACAUGCACACUAACUGCUUCGAGGUGACAGUUGAGUUGUCCUGUGAUAAGUUUCCUCACGUCAGCGAGCUUCCUAUUGAGUGGGAGAACAACAAAGAGUCUCUGCUGGUGUACAUGGAGCAGAUUCACAGAGGCAUCAAGGGUGUCGUAAGGGAUAAAAUGACCAAACAAGGAAUAACAGACGCUAUAAUAAAGGUGGAGGACCACGACCACGACAUCCGAACAGCCGCUGACGGGGACUACUGGCGUCUGCUGAACCCAGGAGAAUACAAGGUGGUGGUCUGGGCUGAGGGUUACUUCCCCUCCAUGCGUCGAUGCCAUGUUGGCAUGGAGCCACGUGCCACCAUCUGUGACUUCACCCUCAACAAAACGCCCCUCCAGAGACUGAAAGAGAUCCGGGCCAAGGGGUUGAAGAUCCCUCAGGACCUCCAGCUACGUCUCCGGGCCCUGAGGCUCCGCAAGCUGCGCGCCACCACCAAGGUCAUCAACCAGCGCAGGGAGGGCCAGCGGAGGCUGCAGGAGGCCAGGAAGGCCCGGGGGGUGUGACGGGGGAAGAGUCAAGAGGCAGAAGGGGCCAAAGAAAAGCCCUGGAUAUGAGCUAAUGAAGUUCAAAAGGAAAAAACUGACCUCUGGAAAAAGAGAGAUGCUCCCACUAGAAAGAAAAAAAUAUUAAGAAUAUUCUUUCAUCAGUAGGGCACUCUUCAUACAAGAGAGGCAGUUUAAAGCGCUUUAAAAAAUUGAGAAUGCAACAAUUUAAACAAGGGCAAAAGAAAUAACUAUAUGCUAAAUUAGAUACAUGAAAUGAAAACUCAGACCAUUCAUUAUCAUAAUAAUUACAGAGUAAGUAAAGAACAUAUUGAGGAUGCGAAGAUGGGCAGGAGAAGAUGAGCUCAAGAAAUGUAAAAGUGGAAAACAGGCCUCUUAAAAACGAUGCAUGUUCCUAAUAAAGCGGACACUAUUGAAAGGUUAGCUCACCCAAUAGACAACCUGAUUUUCUGCAUAGACCCAUGUCAUUUAUGCCGUAAAACAUUUGCCCUUGCCGCCACCUAUUUGGUUGUACUGAGCCCUUAUGGGCUUUAAGAAAACAUGGACAAAAUCUGAACUUUAAUAAUAAAAAUGUAGACAAAGGUUUUUGUGCAUCUUCACGUUCAUAUUCUUCACUGAAUGUUAAAGUUGAAUUAACCUUUUCUGUUUUGCACAUUUGUUUUAUUAGACAUUAUAGCAGUUGCUGUAGUGUUUGUUGAUGACUUGAGUUGAAGAUUUAAGUGUCAGCUGGUCUGACAUUUAUUUUUCAAAAUGUGUCUUUUUUUUGUUUGACUGACCAUAAAAUCUGUAAUAAAUAUUACUUUUUUGUGAA